UCACACUGUCGUCCCGUCCCUCUUCCGCCUCUUCGCCCAACUUCCUCAUCCGGUCCUCUUCAGUCAGUCAAUCUCCUCCUCGAUUUCUCCCUUCUUCGUUCCAGUGUAGUAAAGUGAACUCAAUGGGUGAUUCAUCAGAAGGAGAGGAAGAAGGGAAGCUUACUGGAGGUAGCCAACAACUGCUGGUUGAUGAUAACCUUCGUGAGAUGGCUAAGAUGGCUGCCUGGAGUGUCAGCUCUUCGAAAGCUGGAAAUGGUGUUGCUUUCCUUCGUGAUGGCAACCUUGAUACUUAUUGGCAGUCUGACGGGACACAGCCACAUUUGGUAAAUAUACAAUUUCAGAAGAAAGUGAAGCUCCAAUUGGUAGUUCUAUAUGUAGAUUUUAAGCUUGAUGAGAGCUACACGCCUAAUAAAAUUUCAAUACGAGCUGGUGAUGGCUUCCACAACUUAAAGGAGAUAAAAUCAGUGGAACUUGUCAAACCAAGUGGCUGGGUGUAUAUAUCGUUGUCAGGGAAUGAUCCUCGGGAAACCUUUGUGAAUGCUUUCAUGUUGCAAGUGGCAAUUUUGUCGAACCAUCUAAACGGGAGGGACACACAUAUCCGCCAGAUUAAAGUCUAUGGGCCUCGACCGAAUCCCAUUCCUCUUCAGUCAUUCCAAUUCACGUCAAAAGAGUUUAUUACAUACUCUAUUCUGAGGUAAAGCCGGAGAAGAUUCACUGUUUUUUUGGCUUUGAGGCAUGAUUGAAUAAAGCAAGAUGACUCUUUAAACUGUAAAAUGUUCUCUCAUAGUAAAGUUGCAGUUAGUCAAUGUAACUUUCAAUGUUCAUCAUGAGUCAUAUGCUUUAAACAUAGAGGUCGCUCUACGUAGAUCAGACCCACCUUAGCCUACAAUGAGCGGUAGCUUUUAAGGCAUUGAGGUAAUGUUGUUCUUAAACAAGUAGAAAGGAGCCUUACAAAGCCAUUUCUGUUUUAUUUGCUACAAAUUGAAAAAACUAAUUUAUGAUGU